GACAACCAGCAGCGUCACUGCUUGUGUUCGUCUCAAUAUAUUUGCAAAAAAACGUUUAAAAUUAUUCUAUAAGUACAAAAGCUACUUAUAUUCAGUGAAUCUAAGAACGACUAGUUCAACUUACUAAUUAUUGUUAAGCAAUGCAAAUGCAAGCAAUGAAUCAAUACGGAAAUAGAGGUUAUGGGGGGCCUCCGCAGCCUCAGCGUCAAGGAGGUAGACGCGGAAAUAAUAGAGGAGGCUUCCGUAACUCUCGAUUCGAACAUAAUCAAAGAGGAGGACCAAAUCAUCAUGGAGGUCAACGUCCUAACAAUGAGAUGCCUAAACCAGUGCAACAGAAUGAUAAACCACCACAACAAGUGCCGCAACAACAACCCCAAACCCAACCAGCUCCAUCCAUCCAGAAAGAUAAAGAAAUACCAGCCCAGCAACCGCAGCAACAGCCGCAGCAGAAGCAGUCACCUCAGACACAAAAGCCUCAACAACCACAUCAGAAACCUCAACCACAAAAUCAACAAAAUCAGCAACAACAGCCACAACAACAACUGCCAAAUCAAGGCAAUAUUUCAAAAUCAGAUUCUCAAGACAAUGUUGAUAAAUCAAUGCCUAAUGAACAAAAACAUCAGAACCAGAACAAUCAAGGCUCAUUCCAAAAAGCUCCUCUUCCUAGAUUGAUGGACACAAGACCAGAACCUAAUUCCAAUAAUGUAAAUGGAAACUUUGGUGGAAAUAAACCUGGUGGUACAUGGGGUCAAGGUGGACCUGGUAUUAAGCAAGGUGGUAAUUUUGGACCAAAGGGCUUUAAUCAGAAACCUGGAGGCCCUGGGCAAGGACCUGCACGUAACCAACAAAGAAAUCCCAAUCGUGGUCCUCAACAAGAGGGAGGAAAACCUGUGCAGAGAGAGGAGCAAAUGUUAGCUAAUAAGUUAAAGGACCUUAUGGGUCCCUUGAUUGAUUUGCCACCACUCGAACAAACAGAAGUUAAGUUCAAUGGUAGGAGCCGUUUGUACAUUGGUAAUCUAUCAAAUGAUGUAACUGAAGAAGAGAUUCAGAAUUUGUUCAGUCAGUUUGGAGAGGCCGCUGAGCUAUUUAUAAAUAAAGAAAAAAACUUUGGUUUUAUUAAAAUGGAUUAUAGAGUGAAUGCAGAGAAGGCAAAACGUGAGUUAGAUGGCAAGAUGAGAAAUGGUAGAAAUCUAAGAGUUAGAUUUGCACCUCACAACAGUGCUGUUCGUGUGAAGAACUUGCCACCUUUUGUGUCAAAUGAGUUACUAUACCGCGCUUUUGAGAUUUUCGGUAAAAUUGAAAGAUCAUAUGUCAAAGUUGAUGAGAGAGGAAAAACAUUAGGUGAAGGCAUUGUUGAAUUUGCAAGAAAACCUAGUGCUCUAGCUGCUAUUCGAAACUGCAAUGAGAGAUGCUUUUUCUUAACAUCGUCACUACGUCCAGUUAUUGUUGAAAGCUUGGAAGAACCGGAUGAAUUUGAUGGAUACCCUGAAAAGAACAUACCUAGAAAACAUCCAGAAUUCAUGCGCGCCAGAGAGAUGGGGCCACGAUUCUCCGAGCCUGGCAGUUUUGAACAUGAGUAUGGAACGAGGUGGAAGCAACUGCAUGAGCUCCAUCGUCAAAAGGAGGAGGCGCUCAAGAAGGAGCUCGCCGCCGAGGAGGAGAAACUCGAGGCCCAGAUGGAAUAUGCUAAGUACGAGCACGAGACGGAGCUGCUGCGCGAGCAGCUGCGCCAGCGCGAGCAGGACCGCGAGCGGCAGAAGCGCAGCUGGGAGAUGGCCGAGCGCGCCGCCGACGAGCGCCGCGAGGCCGAGCGCCAGCAGCGCCUGCGCCACGAGGAGGAGCUGUCGCAGCGCAUGCGCCAGCAGGACGACGAGCUGCGGCGCCGCCAGCAGGAGAACACGCUCUUCGUGCAGGCCCAGAGACUCAACUCGAUGCUGGAUCGUCAGGAGCAGGGCAUGUUCGAUCACCAGCAGCCUAUGGAUGGAGGCUUCAGAGAGCAGUUCGACAUGCCACGUGGAGGUUAUGACGACAUGCCGCAGAAUCGUGGUGGUUGGGAUACAUCGCGCCAAAUGGAUGAUUAUCCUAAUAAACGUCGACGCUUUUAAGUUCGCGCUCUACGCUUGUUGCGGUGCAUAGCCCGGCUUUGUUAUGGGACAUCCGCUCUUCUAGAUACUUUUUUACUUUUGAUUGUGACAUAUAGGGAAAUGAUGUUCAUUUAGUAGCGACGACAUAUGUACUGAAUGCUUCUAGAUUGUAUUAGCUACGGUUAAAAUGUCAAUACCUUAUUUGAAAUGAUCAAGGGUUACGAUUAAUAAGCUGCACUGUCCCUGAAUAAGACACUUUCAAAACUUAAAUUUUAAAAUAUCACAUUGUAUUAAUUGUAAGAUUUAGAAUAGCAAAUUUUUUACCAACGGAGAACUUCUGAUGGAGAACUAGAGCAUAAAUUUUAUGAUACUGUAAAAUGUUUUGUAUAUGGGCCUGUGCAUUCAAUUUUUCUAAGACAUAUUUCGUAGUACAUUAUUUAUUGUAAGGAUGUAGUUUAAGUCUUAUAAUGAUGCACAGGUGGAGUCGAACUAUGAUGAAAUUAUAAAUGUCGUAUCGUCUCGUUCUUGUAUGUAAAAAUUCAAUUUCUUAAGCGACCUGUCUGCUCGGCCAACACAUAAAAAUAUAUUCACAUCAGAUAAUUAUAUUUCAAACUGCAAUGUUACUAGUAACUAAUUACGUAUAUAAUUAUUAUUCUUGAAAAAAUUGACGGUAAAUAUUUUUUUUACCCAGUGUCGUAUAUGUGAUCGCUUAGUAACACUGGGAUAGUACCUAUUAGAAAACGUCUUAAGAUUAAACUAGCCAUUGCUAAAGUUAUUGCAAUAAAGCUUUUUUCAAAAAGUAAAUUAGAUAAAAAACAUAUUUGAUAAUCAUGGUUUUCUAUUUGAUCAUUAAUCGCUAAUUAAGCAGCGGUUACUAGAAAACACCUCAUUAAAUAUUAUAAAUGAUUUAUAUAUUUUAAGUAUUUAUUAGUAUUACAUGACAAAAGUAAAAUUAUCGAUAGUAUUGACAAAGCGUUAAAAAUACAAAUUAAUUAACAUUAUAUUUGCUCAACGUCUUAUAAUGUCGAUUUUCAAAUAACUCCGUUCGAUAAUGCGUUCAUAUUGUCGGAACCAUACAUACUUGUCAUGGGCCGCGAAACCAUUUCAUGUUUUCUUACUCUAAUUGUACAGUUUAUAAUCGCUAUGAUUCUUUACUCGUCUAUUUGCUUUCGUUAUAACACAAGACUAUCGAUAGUUUUGCAAACGCUUUAUAUUUUAGUGUGUGGCGAUGAUCGUGUCAUGAGUUGACAGUAAUAGCGAUGCUUAAAACACUUGGAUAAAGUUUAUACACAAGCUCACUUAGGGCUACGCAUAAUAUAACAUAAAAUAAAUUGAUCCUACCGAUAUCGAACUAUUAUCCAACCUAGCAAUUAUGAAGUCAUUCUUAAUAAAUAACUUAAAUAAAUUUCAAAAAUUAGACAAAACUAUGAGUUAAUACUUAAAAGAAGUCAGUGAUAUAAAAUUACACCUACAACGGAAUUUGUAGUGGUUCGUCUAUUAAUCGCAUUCCGUUGCAGUUCCAAUGUUUUUUGCCAUUCAAACACUUAUAGCAGUUAAUAUGGUGAGUGUUGGGUUUGAAUUAUAUAUAUUUAAUAAUAGGCUUAUAUAUAGGAUCGUGGUCCCGUUUCAGUUAACGAAUCAAUGGAUCUACCUAAACGACUUAUAAAAUAAAUAAAUAAAUAAAUAAAUAAAUA